CGCGGCGGGGCCGGGCGUAGGCCGCCGCGCGCGCGAGGCCCCGGCGCGGGGAGGUGACGUCGCGGCGCCGGGCGGCGGCGCGUGCGGCGGGUGUGUGUCGCGUGGGGCGGCGGCGGCGGCGGCAUGGAGCGGGACCCCGGCCCCGAGGGCGCGCGCCGGGCGCUGGGCCGCCUGCUGGAGGCGGUGCUGGCGAGCCGCGGCCAGGCCAACGCCGUGUUCGACGUCCUGGCCGCGCUGCAGUCCGAGGACCGCGAGGAGACCCAGGAGGCGGUGCGCGCGUGCAGCCGCCUUUUCGGGGCCCUGCUGCAGCGGGGAGAGCUGUUUGUGGGCCGGCUGCCGUCCGAGGGCUCGGUCAUGGCAGGGUCUCAGGGGGCCACGCGCAAAUACAAGGUGUGGAUGAGACAUCGCUACCACAGCUGUUGUAACCGCCUGCAGGAGCUGCUGGCUCACCCCUCCUUUGAGGUCAAGGAGCUGGCUCUCAGCACGCUCAUGAAGUUUGUGCAGCUGGAAGGAGCUCACCCCCUGGAGAAACCUAAGUGGGACGGCUACUACCUGUUUCCUCGGCAGCUCUUCAAGGCGGUGGUGGAAGGCCUGCUCUCUCCGGAGGACGACUGCUCGCUGCUCCUGUCCCGCUUCCAGGAGUACUUGGAACACGACGACAUCCGUUACCACACGAUGCAGGCAGCCACGGCCGUCGUGGGCCGCGUCGCUGACGGGGACCCAGAGGUGCCGCUCACGUUCUGGAACAACGCCUUCACGCUGUUGUCGGCUGUGAGCCUCCCCCGCCAAGAGUGUAGUUCCUCCAGCUUCUACGUGAAGCACAUGGAGCUGUCGCGCACGUGGAAGGUGGUUCAUCUGAAGGAGCACAGGAAGGCAUUCCAGCUGAUGUGGCUCGGCUUUCUCAGGCACAAGCUGCCUCUGAGCCUCUACAAGAAGGUGCUGGUGGUCAUGCACGACUCCAUCUUGCCGCACCUGGCCCAGCCCAGCCUCAUGAUCGACUUCCUGACCCGCGCCUAUGACGUGGGGGGAGCCAUCAGUCUCUUGGCCUUGAAUGGACUUUUUGUCCUGAUUCACCAGCACAACCUCGAGUACCCCGAUUUCUACCGCAAGCUCUACGGUCUAUUGGACCCCUCAGUUUUUCACGUCAAGUACCGGGCCCGGUUUUUCCAUCUGGCCGACCUCUUCCUGUCAUCCUCCCAUCUGCCUGCCUAUCUGGUGGCUGCCUUCGCCAAGCGCUUGUCCCGCCUGGCCCUGACGGCGCCCCCCGAGGCCUUGCUCAUGGUCCUGCCCUUCAUCUGCAAUCUGCUGCGCCGGCACCCCGCCUGCCGCGUCCUUGUGCACCGCCCCCUGGGCCCUGGUGAGUGCGGCUGGGGGCGCUGGGGGACCUGGGGGCCUGCCCUCCCCCAGCAGCCAGUACACCGGGGAUCGGUCGUGGAGCAGGGCCUGGUCUCGUUCCUAGAGCUGGAUGCCGACCCCUAUGACCCCGAAGAGGAGGACCCCGCCAAGAGCCGAGCUCUGGAGAGUUCGCUGUGGGAGCUGCAGGCCCUGCAGCGGCAUUACCACCCCGAGGUGUCCCAGGCCGCCAGCGUUAUCAACCAGGCGCUGUCCAUGCCUGAGGUCAGCAUCGCACCGCUGCUGGAUCUCACGGCGUUUGAGGUCUUCGAGCGGGACCUGAAGAAGAAGGGCCAGGAGUCAGUGCCACUGGAGUUCAUCCCCGCCCAGGGUCUGUUGGGCCGGCAGGACGACCUCUGCGCCCAGCACUUCACGCUUAGCUGACCCUGUGACCUCCCCUCUCUCCUCGGCCCCCAUAAGUGGUUUUGUGGGAGAGCCACUGGGGUGGGCUGUGGGUAGCUAGGAGGACUCUGGGGAGGUGCUGAACCCGUCUCCUGGCUCCCGUGGUGGCCGUGUCUACAGGCCGACGUCCACAGUGCUGGCCAUGCUGUGUCCACCUGCAGCAACCCCCGCCCCGGAACGUGGUGUCCAGGGGUCUCUCCCUCCACUGAAGCCUGUGGGGAGGGCGGCUGCAGAAGUGGCUUCUGCCACGGGGCUCUGGGUGCACGGGUGUGGCUGUUGCCAGCCCUACAAGCUUCCCCAGGCACCCCACACUCCUCGGGGCCCUCGUAUCCAGGGAGGGUCUGGGCCACGCCCCCCACCUGUCCAGUGCGGUUGGACUCCGUGACCCAGGAGCGACAGUGAGGGCUCUGUCCUGGUUAGUCUUGGGUGCACAGGGAGCGCACACGCCCAUUCCUGGCUAGGGCCAGAGGAGGACACCUUUGUCCCCUGACCCCCAGGGUGCCGGGCUGUGUGUGCCCGGUCAGGGAGUUAGCUGGAGGUCGCUUCACCCUUCCAUCCUGUCCCCGAGCAGAGUGGGCACCGGCAGCCACGGGCCAGUGGCUUAUUUUGUGCCAGGAUGUUUGUUCCUUCGAGGCCCCGUUUCUGCCAGGCGAGCCUGCUCCUUGAGUCUGGGUUUUGUCUCUAAAAACCUGGUUGUCUGGGGACGGAGGAGUUGGUGUGACGGCAGCUCACGUAGGCUGGGGGGGCUGGCGGAGGCACAGGUGGGGGUGGAGAGCCUGCGAGGGAGAGACCCCCGUUGCCCUGCAGCCUCCUGAGUUCCCAGGACACCCCCACCCCCCAGGAGCGCCCUGGGGUCACAGAGGGCAGUCGUUUGGCCACUUUGGUCUCUGGGAGCUGCUCCUGUGGCCCAAGACCCUGGUGUGCCUGGUGGGGGCUUUGCCCAAGGAGUGAAGGGGCGCUUCUUCUCCGUACAGGGUUGUGUGAGUCAGGGACACUAGCGCCCCACCCCCUAGCUGAACUGCCCUGGCUCCCUCCCAAGCUGGUUCCUGCCCCAGGGCCUUUGCACUGCUGUUGCCACAGCUUUCCCCUGAUCUUCAGACCCCAGGCUGAGUGAGGCCUUGUGGAGGCCUCUGCCGAGCAUCCUGUGUAUAACAGCGUUUUGUGCGUCCCACCUGGCACCCACUUAUCUUCAUGGCCCGGCUGCCCUGCAGCAGUCCACCGACUGUCCCUGCCCGCCUUCCCAGGGACCGAGGAAGGCUCGUUACUGACCGGCCUCGUCCCCUGGCCCAGGACUUGCCUGGCUCGGAGGAGGGGCUCAUGCACAUUUGUGGGGACAGUCUCGAGGCUCCUGAGUGGCCUGCUACCAGAGGUCACCAGUGCCCCACCUGAGCCUCGGUGUGGGGACACCAGGGGGCAGAUGGGUGGGCUGAGGCCUCACUGAUUAAAAAAUGCCAUUGAUUUUUAAAGUUAAAUUAUAAAAGGCUUAAGCAGGUUUUAUUUUUU